AUGUUUGAACGUGCGCUGAAAGCAUGGUCUGGCCACUGGGAACACGAUGAGAGGUCGACUUUUCCACUCAGCCCCCGCGGUCCGCUGUCAUUUACAUCGACAGCUCUCCUCCGACUUGCAUACGUCCGCAUUAAUUUGGAUUUCAGUCCUGCAGUAUCCCUAAAUACAUGGGGCCCAGUCUUCAUCGCCAACUCUCUCGACCACAGUCAGUCUCCGCAGCGUGGUAAGAAAACCACACUAGCAGCGCCACACUCUGCCAGCGCGUUGAGUGUGCCUGUAAGACUGGGUAUCAAAUAUGUUGCCAAAACACAGGUCGCCUACUGGUCCAAGCAACAUGGCCUGUGCUCGCUGGAAUGUGCAGCCACUCUCGAUAAGUGGCUUGAAAGUGUUACCGCGUCAACGGUAAUUCCCCUGAUUACCGGCUGA